AUGAAUCCUCUUUCCGACCCACUUACACCAGUACCGAGAUCAGUAACGCCAGAGAGACCAGAAGCCGGGGAAUUUACCCAAAAGGCAGAUAAAGUAGCGAAAGGCAGUCAAGCAAGGCGGAUAAAUCUCUCAGAGCCCUCAUUAAUGCCACAAACGCCGGAAGAAGUCGCAACAGAGCGCCUCAACUUGUUGAUGGAGAUGGGGUUCGCACGUCAGGCGAAAAGCGAUGUGGAAAGCGCUCUUACGUACGCUGUGCAAACGAUUUCAACACAUUCAUGCGACGGAACACAAGAAACAGUCGGCAUGCGACUCACAAAAUCCAAACCGCGUUCAUUAACCCUGAAAGACCUGCCCACUGAACUAUUACGACUCGUCCUCUACGAAGCCGCCGUCGACUCCCCAGCCGAUCAACGUGUCCUCCUCGCCGUAUGCUCUUGUUGGAGAGAUCUCCUGAUAAAAAUGGCACAUCUCUGGACGACACUUCGUAUUUGGUCAGUUCACGACAACCCCUACAGAUUCGAGCGGCUAUUGCGGCGGCUUGACUUGCAACUUGAGCGCUGCGGCUCGCUAAUGCUUGAUGUUCACUGGCGUACUAUUCUUGUAGGUCUGGACAGCAAAGCGGCCGACUUAUUCCUAUUUCUGGCGAGAAGAGCGCCAUUUCCGCGGUGGAAGUCACUUGUGAUCGAGGUCUGCGAUAUCGAGAUACUCCAUAGCGAUCUUCUCGCACGAAUGGGCACGUUCUGUAAUCUCACGUCUCUCAAGCAUCAACGCUGCCAACCCGGUCGACUGUUAAAAUGGGUCAACGAGUCUGUCACAUCGAAACUCACUCAUUUCGAGCUUCAUGAUUGCGGAAUGCGGGUCGAACAAUUCAACACCGAACUUAACCGCAUCCUCAGCUUUGUUUCGGAGACAUUAAUACCUCAGUUCGACAUCAGAGCGACCGUAGAGCUACCAGAGAAUAUAAAAGCUAUCACCUCAUAUACCUUGCUCGACUGCUCUUUCCCGCACAUCACCUCCCUGACGACUCUGCGGCCUAAUCCACUGCGACGAUUCAAGAGUCAACACCUUCCAAGACUCGAGUACCUCUCCACCAGCUUCGAUAUGUUAGAAGAACCGAUAGACGCGCCCGUAAGGUUGGAACUGCUCACCAUUCUCGUGGUGUCUGGGUUCGAGUUCGAGGCGCUCGCACUGAUGACUCUCCCAAACCUACGGGUUCUCCGUAUUAAUGCCAAAUCGCUCAAUGAGCGGUCCUGUAGGCGCUGGAUGAAGGCAUGGUGCGUGGAGUCAUUGUCUGCGGCGUUUGAUCGACCAGAAAUGGGAUUAACGCCAACUCAAACCCUCGAGCUGAAUGUGUCACUCCCACCCGAUGUACUUGUAAAAGGCAUCACGAGGAUGGGUCGCAGGGUAAAAGAGCUAGUCGUCUGGAUGAAUGACGCGUAUGAGGGCUGGGAGGCUCUGCGGAUGUUCAUCCGCCAACCUACUCCCUCUCCACCUGUCGCAUCAACCUCGAAGAUCCCAAUGAGUGGGUCAAUUGUUGCACCAUACCUGCAGACUCUCAAACUACAAACAAGGGUUGUCCGUACAGAGGAAGCUGAAAAACUUUGGCGGUCCUUUAUGAACCGCAUCCUCGAGGAAAGACAAUACGCGUCUCUUGAGGGAAUCACGCUAUCGUGGGGAGAUUUGUCUGAGACAAAGGUUACCCAGACAUGUGCUCGAUUCUGA